CUUGCCGGAAUUCAUGACAGUGGUGUUCUCUGGCCCAUUGCCAAAAAACUCUACCAGGAUUAUAGCAGCCCAAAGAUCUGGGAACUGGUCCCAGGGGCCAUUGAGAUUCUCCAAUGGUGCCAGCAACAGGGUAUCCCCAUGGCAGUGAUCUCCAACUCUGACCAGAGGUUACAAGAAUAUUUUCAGUUUGUCUUAACCUCGGAAGAAGUGGGGUUUGCCAAGCCAGACCAGCGGAUUUUUCUGGAAGCCCUCCACAGUGCCAAGGUGGAGCCCCAGCUGGCUGCUCACGUGGGGGACCAUUAUGUGAAUGACUAUUUGGCUGCGAGGAAGGCUGGACUGCACAGCUUCCUGUUUAAAAUGGCUGGGGAGCCAAUUGAGAGCGACAUGGAGGUGCCAGCAAACCACCUUCUAUCUUCACUUUUAGAUCUGCAGGCUCGGAUAGAGAAAGGCUAAAAGGAAGUGGCUGGAUUUCAGCAGCUGCUUCUAAUAGAGGAAAUUGCAAUUUUAACCAGUUAUUAACAUUAACUCAAAGUAAGUCCAAUAAAAUCUAUACCCCUACUUAUAGGAGUCUGCAGCAUUCCUGUCCCAGGUUUCUUGUAUUAGAACAGAGUUGGGAUUACAGGCUGAUACAGAAUUUCUUUGGGGAACUGAGGGGGUGCACACACCUAGUGCCACUCAAUUGCUGCCAGUAGGAAAAGAAAAUGUAACAGGCAUAAUAGAGUGGAAAAAGUUAUUACUUUUGAAUAUUACAGAAUGGUUUACUUA